AUGCCUAAUAAACCCCCUUGCACCUGCACCUACCUCCAGCUCAUCCAGCCCUGCCCACAAGUGCGCGUUUUCGCUGCACCGGGAAGCCCCACGCCCCUGAUCCAAGUCUGUCCUAUCCGGUACAUCGCUCGCGGCGUCGGACGGCGCUUCUGCGCUCUGUGCAGCCGGGCCGCGGGUUUUGGUGGAUCGGAUACGCCUGGGCUGGUGGGAUACCCAGAACAACAGGGAUUUGGGGGCCCGCAGUUGGCAUCGCCGUCUCAGCAAUCGGUGCAGCAGGCGAUGCCUCUUGAUCCGUGUCUUGUCGGGGGAGGGAUCUCGAUUGGGGAUUUGUUGCUCCCGAUGGGUGAGGAGAGUACGGGUUCGUUGGGGACUGCUGGGGAUGCGGGAGGGAGAGACGAGGCGGGGCCGAGCGUGCCGGGCUCGUGUUCUUCAGACUUGUCGAUACAGUCGUUGUUGGUGCAGGCUGAGUCGGGAGGAGGGUUGGUUGCUGAUGGGCGUGGUGCGGCGGUGCCGGGGUGCGCGCAGGUUGAUGAAGUGCGGACGGUUCAGGCUGGGCCUGUGGUGGAGGAAGAAGCAUUAAAUGGGUGGAACGGGGAGGUGAGAGCUCGAAAGGAGGAUGAGACACGAGAUCAUGCCAAAGAGGCUGGAGGGUCCGGUCCCGAUUGGGGAACGCAGAUAGUUCUUGGCCUGGACGAGAAGUCUUCUACGAGUGGUUGA